GAAAGCCAAUUCACGCAGAGAAAGCGACACCAACACAAAGCUGUAUAAAAAACACAAAGGGUUUGCUCCCUUGUCCGAAAAAAUCAUCGGGGAUGGAAGAAUUGAGAAGCAGAAGAGUCAUGGAGACAAGCCCAGAGAGACGACGAAGGUCGUUAUUGAAUAAUAACCGCCAAGAACAGGGCAGGGCCAAGAAACCAAUGUCGAGAAGGGUCCAAGUUGUGUAUUAUCUCACGAGGAAGGGUCAGCUCGAACAUCCUCACUUCAUGGAAGUACUCGCUCCCUCGAACCAGCCGCUUCGCUUAAGAGAUGUAAUGAAACGGCUGACUGUUCUCAGAGGCAAGGGCAUGCCGUCUCUGUAUUCAUGGUCGUGCAAAAGGAGCUACAGAAAUGGAUACGUAUGGAAUGAUUUAGCAGAGGAUGAUGUCAUUUACCCUUUGGACAAUACCGAAUAUGUGUUAAAGGGUUCUGAGGUUGUGGACGGUUGUUCCGAGAAAUUCCAAGAGAUUCGAGAGAGCAUACACAAGCCAUCUUCAAGCCACAUGCAAGAAGCACCAAACGCUCGUCUUCUCCGAUCUAAACCGGAACACCAUGACAGAGCAAACAGAUAUGUCGGAAACAGAACGGCGUCGUUUGAUGAUCAGGAGCUCUUCGCCGGCGACCCAGGGGAGGAUGUGGAGGAGGACGGAGAAGAAGAAGCUUACGACAUGGACGAACCGAAAACAAGCUACACUUCCUCCACGACGCCGCAGUCUCGUUGCUCUCGAGGCGUUUCGACCGAGGAGCUUGAAUUUACCGACCAAGAACAACGACGGUGCCCUGCGAAGCCUGUCCGGUCCGGGUCAUCCGAGUCGACUCGCUUGGACUCGGCGGAGCUCCAACGACCUGGUGGCGGUGACGUUUCGAAGCGGUUCGAGGACGGUGACCCUGUGGGAUCCGGGUCAGGUCCAUGGGGUCGUGGGUCGGUCCUGAUGCAGCUGAUCGCGUGCGGAAACAUGGCGGUGGCGAAAGCCAAGAACGCGUCGAACCUGAGUUCGAAGCCGAAGGAUCAGGAGAAUCUUCGUAAAGGUGUGCUGUGUAAGAAAAUCGCGGCGAACAGAGCUGUCGGAGAAGAAGAUCUUGAGAUGAUAAAGAUCAUGUCGGAUAAUCCGAGGUUCGGGAACUCACAGGCGGAGGAGAAAGAAUACUUCAGCGGAAGCAUAGUGGAGACGGUGAGUAAGGAACGAGUCACGGCGGAGCCGGUGCUCAGGAAAUCGAACUCGUUCAACGAAGAAAGAAAUAAGCGCAUAGGAACAAGCGACGAAGGCAGCGAGGAAAAGAUGAAUGUGAAGGGGAAAUGCAUGCCGAGAAUAAAGAGUUCUGAAUUGUGA